ACAGUAACAGCAGCAAGAACAGCAACAGUAGUAGCAGCAUCUAAUAGCAAAAGCUGUAGCAACGGUAGCAACAACGUAAGUUUAAUUAAAGCAGCAAGGAAGCAGUAUCAGCAGCAGCAGGUACAGGUGUGGGAGGUGUGUUGGAGGGGUCGAGGGGGAGCACGCCUCACUAUUCUCAGUCUCACACUGGUGUUGAUUGUUGCUGUGUUAGCGAUGCCGAGGUGUUGGGGCAAAACUAAGCCGCUUGCGGCGCCGGGGACGGCACUCCAACCGCAGGGACUGUGGACAGUGGGCAGAGAUCUGGCGGGGGAAGGCGGAGGAGACGAGGAGGAGACUAAGGAGAAGGACCUACUGCACCGGCCGCUUCUGCUCAUCAGGAUAACACUUAGCCUGCUGGGCAUCGUGCCUUACAGCUACAACAGCGAUACCCACCGAUAUGUUCUUAACUGGCGUAGUUGGGCUGGCCUCCACACCAUAGGAGUGUUCCUGUGGCUUUGCGCCCUUCUUGUCUCCACCUCUGUCGGUAUUGUGAGGGUGUUCGUGCAGUCGCAGUUCCUGCAGGAGUCUGGCAACCACGAACUGGAACUGAUGGGCGUCGUCAUUAUCGUCGGAUGUCUCCUGAAUGCCUGGGUUGAAGUCAUCAAUGUCAUCAUUCUGGGGCGCUCCCUGUGUAAUUUCCUCAACCUGUGGCAAAUGUUCAGCGCCCGCACCUCCCUCGACCCCACCAGGAGGCUCAGGUUCGCCUCCUGCGUCUACGCUAUCUUCCUCUACGCCUUCGUCUUCGCAGUGUUGGUUGUGGCAGUUCUUGGCCCAUCGGACAUGCUUAUGGGAAUUGUUGAUCUCCUGACCCAAGUCCUGUUUCUCGUGUCUCCUCAGUGGCUUGCCCAGGAGACCCUUGCCGUCCAGGUGGUGCGUGUGGUGGUGGCGCUUGUAGUCUGUCACCUCUACAUGGUCUACAAAGGUUCACUCUUCCUCUUCGUGUCCAUCUGUCAUAUGCUACACAACGUCCUAGAGGGAUGGAGGAACCAACUCUCUCACACUCUCCAUGUGGCAUGGCAGGACGCUGGCCUGGACCAUCUGGAACAGCACAGCUCCUGCCAGGUGGUGCAGCUGGACCAGCUGGUACAGAGUCACUGCCAGGUGGUGAUGAUGGUGCGCAAGACUGAGACAAUCUUCUCCUCCACGCUCCAGUGUUUUUAUGCUACACAGGUGGUGACACUGUGUCUGGAGCUGUACUUAGUAGCCUACCGUAUAGGUGUGGGCACUGGGUACUAUGGGCACGAGGCAAUUUGGCAAGCCAUCAUCAUCAGCCAGACCUGCAUCGUCUUUUUUCUGGUUUCCCUCAAAGCUAGCAGAGUGUGUGAAGAGGCUGAGAGGUGCGUGGAUGUCCUCCGUCAUGGCCUACCUUACACCGCCUCAGACAAGGAUAAAUUCCACUUUGGGGAGCUGACAGUGGCGCUGACGUCGUCUCCCAUUUGCAUCAGCGGAGGCCGGUUCUUCACUAUUAACAGGCCCUUUAUCAUCACCGUGGUGGGGGCGGUGUUAUCCUACUUCGUCAUCGUCCUGCAACUUAAGUUACCAUCAGCAUCGAGUGUAAAGCAGAACUUGGCGGCCCUCAACACCACCACCUUCAACCACACGCUCUAGUACCAAGCUUUCUGCUACAAAAUAUUUCGUGCAAUACAGGAGCAGAUCUGCACUUGUAGUGUCCUGUCUUUAGCAUAUAAAUAAAUGUAACAACAGCAACUAAAUACCGAUGGUAGGGACACUUAAGGAUGUGGCUAUAGUACGACAUACCCCAAGUACAGAAUUAAACACAUGUGCAACAUCUGGGUGUCUUUAUUUGUAGACGUUUCGCCAUCCAGUGGCUUUAUUAAUACAAUAAAAGGACAUAAUGUGAAGAUUGUAGAACUACGUACAGAAGAUGAGGUAAUCAGUCCCUCAGCCUUAGAGUUGGUGAAGAGCACCGUAGUUUUGAAAAAUCAGAAGCACAGGUAGUAAGAUUGUAGCUUAUAUAGUGGCGUCAGGUAUUACCCUGUGCUAGCGAAAAGUAACGUUUAGUUCUUACUCGUAUUUAAAUGUUAGUGUGACUAAAGGUGCAGUAAAUUGUAAGAACACAUUCUCUGGUGUAGGCUGAUCAUUUAUAAAUAAUGCUGAUUGAACGUUUAAUACUUUUAGCCCUCAAGGAGACACUGUAUCAGUCCUAUGGGUUUAGCGUCUCCUUACGGUUGUGACGAAUGGUUUUGAAAACCGACAAGUUGAAGAUUGAGACACUGAUGCAACAUAUGGGAAUCUUUAUUGAGGAAACGUUUCGCCGCAUAGUGGCUUUAUCAGUCCAAUACAAAGUAGAAAUGUGUAAGGAGAGGAGUAGUUUGAGGUAAUCGGUCCCUCAGCCUGGAGUCGAUGUGUUCAGUCCAUCAAUCUUGUAGAAUGUACAGCAUAGGGCCAGAGAGGUGGCUUAUAUACUGCAGUCAGAUGAGUCGAAGCAGGAGGAGGCGGGACCACAGUGGGACCUGCCACUAAUGUAAGUAGGUCGUCGUCCUAAGGAUGGACAACCGUUGAAGUCUUUGUAUAUAAGCCACCUCUCUGGCCCUAUGCUGUACUUCCUGCAAGUGAUGGACUGAACACAUCGAUUCCAGGUUGAGGGACUGAUUACCUCAUACUCCUCCUCUCCUUACCCAUUUCUGCUUUGCAUUGGACUGAUGAAGCCACUGUGUGGCGAAACGUUCCUUCAGUAAAGAUUCCCACAUGUUGCAUAAGUGUCUCAAUUCUCCAAGUUGUCGGUUUUCAAAACCAUUCAUCAUUUCUACUUUGUAUUGGACUGAUGAACCCACUGUGUGGCGAAACGUUUCCUCAAUAAAGAUUCCCAUAUGUUGCAUAAGUGUCUCAAUCUUCAUCUCCUUACGGUUUUAAUUUUAAUAACAGUGACAUUGAGUAUCAGGCUGCGGGAAGUGCAUACCAUUUUCAGGCUAUAUGUAAUUUGAUAUCUUGCCCUUGUGUAUACAUGGCUCUUAAUGUGUGGGAACAUUACUCGGAAGAUAAUGUAGUUAGGAGUCAACGAUAGUUUGUGUAAGUUCUAGUUAGGAGCCCCUUUCUUGGCAUGGGAGAAAUGAUGUGAUAGACUGGGGACUGUGUAAGGUAGUAUAACAUCAAGAUUAAUAGGCUGGGGACAGUGUAAGAUUGUCAAAAAGAUGUGAUAGGCUGGGGACAGUGUAAGAUUGUCAAAAAGAUGUGAUAGGCUGGGGACAGUGUAAGAUUGUCAAAAAGAUGUGAUAGGCUGGGGACAGUGUAAGAUUGUCAAAAAGAUGUGAUAGGCUGGGGACAGUGUAAGAUUGUCAAAAGAAUGUGAUAGGGUGGAGAUAAUGUAAGGCAGUAAAAAGAUGUGAUAGGCUGUGUACAAUAUGAAGUAGUAAAAAAAAGAUGUGAUAGGCUGGGUACAAUAUGAGGUAGUAAAAAAAAGAUGUGAUAGGCUGGGUACAAUAUGAGGUAGUAAAAAAAGAUGUGAUAGGCUGGGUACAAUAUGAGGUAGUAAAAAAAAGAUGUGAUAGGCUGGGUACAAUAUGAGGUAGUAAAAAAAAGAUGUGAUAGGCUGGGGACAAUGUGAGGUAGUAAAAAAAAGAUGUGAUAGGCUGGGUACAAUAUGAGGUAGUAAAAAAAAGAUGUGAUAGGCUGGGUACAAUAUGAGGUAGUAAAAAAAAGAUGUGAUAGGCUGGGGACAAUGUGAGGUAGUUAAAAAAGAUGAUAGGCUGGGGACAAUAUGAGGUAGUAAAAAAAAGAUGUGAUAGGCUGGGGACAAUGUGAGGUAGUAAAA